AUGAAUCCGCCAUCACCCCCCUCAUCUUUCUUCUCGCUCUCUUCGAAUUCCACUGCUGCACCGUCUCAGGCGGAAGCAGCAAAACCAACAACGCCUUUGCACGUACUCAUGAAAUCUGCCGUCAUGGUGAAGAUCUCUGUGGGACCCCAGCAGGAAUCAUGGCUUAUUCACGAGGAUGUCAUCUGUGAACGUGUGCAGUUCUUCAAAAAGGCGUUUAUGGGAGGUUUCAUGGAGGCGGGAAAGAAGGAGAUCUUUCUCGAAGACGAUGACCCACAAGUCUUCGGUCAUUUCCUUGACUGGCUAUAUGGCAAGAGCCUAUACUGCCAGCUGGAUCAUUCAAACCCCUCUGUUGUCACAUUCAACCACAUUGAACAAUGGCUCCGCUUGUACAUCUUCGCCGACAAAAUCUCGCUCGCCGAAUUAGCGAAGGAAGCACUCGAGCGAUAUCAAUUUUGCAGCGAUGGAACUCUGCCUUGCACGAAAGAAGUCCAACUGAUCUACGAGAAUACCCCGGGACACUGCGCUCUUCGUGCUCAUGCCGUUGAAGCUCUCGUCGUCGAGUUUUUCUGUCAAGGACCCGAUGAUGUCGAUUUCCUGGCUGAUGCCAUCGCCUGUCAUAUUGAUUUCACUCGAGACGUUACCAAGGCUAUCAAGGACCACACACGUCUUUCGGUGAAGGAGUGUGAGUUGAGUAGUUGUUCUGCACACAACAAGGCUCCACGGGUGAUUCUACGAGUUGAUGGAGGUCAGAACAUUCGGCGUGCCGGUAAGGGCAGGCUUUGGUCCUACCGUUAA